AUCUCACAAUAGUUAGGAAAUAUACAAUAUACUAUAAAAAUUGAUCGAUAAACCCUUUAGCAAGUUCAAGGUCAAGUGCUGGGUCGUCAUGGGAUGGUCGCUGUACUUAGGUCAUCCGUCGUCCGUCAGUCGUUACUCGUCAGAAGAAUACAGACGACAGUUCAGUAACAAGAGUCGUCGGAACAAGUACCAAACGUGCCUUUUAGCUUAGAAGUUAAGUAAUAAAUUCAAAUAAUAUCUUUUUUCUGGGUUUGAUUUUUCAAACAAUAAGAUUGUAGAAGCAAAAAGGUGUCGUGUUCACUCAAAGCAUUUUUUGAAAACAACAAAACAAUGGCUAGAGCCUUAGCUGAUAAUGAUACCAAUCCUGCUGAUGAAAUUUUAAGACCUAAUUCAGAGGCCUUUCUUUAUAAACUAGACGUUAUGGAGUUGACGGUGAGAAAUGCUACCAAAGCAUUGCUUCAAGAUAAUGAGAAGUACAUACUGUGCCUGGAAACACCAGAAACUAGUCUGAUGUCUGCUCUGUUAGCUAAAACGUUGAAAAACCUGAAAAAAGAAGGAUUUUCAAAUCAACAUCAAGAUCAAAUAUUCACCGAUUUUCAGAAUGUUAUCAAAAUUAAUAAACAACAGUAUGAGAACUGGACCAACUUCCCUGAUUUAUUGGUUUGCAUAGUAGGCAUAGACGAUGAGCAACAACUGGAAAAUUAUUUCGAGUUAUUAAUGUCAUGGGCAAAGCUCGUCAAGAAUAAAUCUAAAAAGAUCAUUUUUAUUAUGAAUAAUUCCAAAUUUUUAGAGAAAAGCAUGAUGAAAACUAGAAUGGUGUAUGUUUUAAAGGUUAAAUUCACUGAAUUAUGGAAAGAAUAUGACGGAAAAAGUUAUUGUCAUGAUAAUAAAGUUGGACAUAAUGAUUCUGAUAUAUUUGAUAAUGCAGUUUCAAAAACUGUAAACGAGGCCAUGAAAAAUAUUAAAGCAAAAGAAGAAAUUAGUGUGACAUCAGCUUUACCCACUGAAGAGGAGAUUGUGAAACUUACAUCAAUUUUAAAAUUACAAGGUGUGGACUCUAUGUGUUCUGUAGAUAAUCAAGGCAAUACUCCAUUGCAUUUGGCAGCCAAGAAAGGACAAAACAAAAUCGUCAAAGCUCUACUAGUUUGUGAUGCUGAAAAGGAGUCAAAAAAUAAAUGGGGUUUUACACCUCUUCAUUUAGCAGCUAAAGAGGGUCAUCAUGAAGUAAUUAGCAUAUUGCUGGAAAAUACAGCUAAUGUAAAUGCAAUUAACAGUCUUGGUCAAACUCCAUUCCAUAUGUUAGGUUACAGUAAUAGUGUCCGCUCAAUUGAGCUUCUUUUGAAAUUUGGUGCCAACAUUGAAGCAAAAGAUAAAAAUGAUUAUACACCUCUUCAUUCAGCAAUUGAACAGGGUCAUCACGAAGUAGUUAUCAUUCUGCUGGAAAAAAAUGCUAAUGUGAAUGCAAUUAACAGAGAUGGUCAAACUCCAUUACAUAUAGCAUGCUGCACGAAUAAUAUCCGCUCAAUUGAACUUCUCUUGAAACUUGGUGCCAACAUUGAAGCAAAAGAUAAAAAUGAUCAUACACCACUUCAUUCAGCAAUUAAAAAAAAUCAUUAUGAAGUAAUUAUUAUUUUGUUUGAAAACAAUGCUAAUGUAAAUGCUUUUAACAGUGUUGGUCAAACUGCACUCCAUAUGGCAUGCAGCACAAAUCCUAAUUUCCGCUCAGUUGAACUUCUUUUGAAACUUGGUGCUAACAUUGAAACAAAAGAUAAAAAUGGUCAUACACCUCUUCAUUUAGCAUCUUGCUCACUUGGUGGUAACGCAGUAAUUAUUAAAUUGUUGGCACAUGGAAGUAAUAUAAAUGCCCAGGACAAUGAUGGACAAACACCAUUGCACCGUGCUAUACUAGGCAAUAAUCAACAAGGAAUUAAAAUUCUUUUAGAAAAUGGCGCAGACCGAAAUCUAAAAAAUAAUUCGAAUCAAAAUGCUAUUGAUUAUGUUAGAUCUAAAUGGAAUGCCUAUUUUUUAAUUCCGCUAUUUGAAAAACAUGCUGCUUCAGCCAACUAAAAGGGUGAAUUAAUAAGCGCGUGGUGGUCUAUAUCUCCUAUACUAAUGGAGAUCGGAGAAAAAACUAAAUACAAAACUUGUAGAUAAACAUGAGUACUACAUUCCUAAAUUAUUUUCCAGUAUACAGGGUGGCCCAAAUUCGAGUCUCAUCAUUGGGAUCUCGGUAACUGUAAUGGUGGAUCCUCAUGUGCGGACUGGAAGACAAGCGCACUGGUGUUCAGGCUGCAGGUUCAACUAUAGACAAUUUUG